ACAGCGAUUACAAUCGCUUUUGAGGUCAACAAUUGUUAUCGCUCUUCGUCAUACAUCUGAGUUAAUUUUUUUGCAUUUAUUUUAUUGGAAAAAAAGUAGACAAAAGCAUUUUGACCAUGCAGGAACAGAGUCCCGAGCUGUACGAGGAGGUCAAACUAUUUCGCAAUGCUCGUGAGCGUGAGAGAUACGACAACAUGGCUGAUUUAUAUGCCAUUAUAAACACAAUACAGCAGCUGGAGAAGGCGUAUAUCAGAGACUGCAUUACGCCGCAGGAAUAUACGGCAGCAUGCUCCAAGCAUCUGGUGCAAUACAAGAUUGCCUUCAAGCAGGUGCAAUGUGACGAGUUUCCCACUGUGGACACCUUUGUGAAGAAGUUCCGUCUCGAUUGUCCAGCGGCUCUAGAACGCAUCCGAGAAGAUCGCCCCAUCACCAUACGAGAUGACAAAGGCAACACAUCCAAGUGCAUUGCGGAGAUUGUGUCUCUGUUCAUCACCAUAAUGGACAAAUUGCGGCUGCAGAUCAACACAAUGGAUGCCCUGCAGCCAGAUGUCAAGGAUUUGGCCGACAAUAUGAAUCGCUUGUCGCUCAUUCCAGAGGACUUUGAUGCCAAGGAGAAGGUGGACAAAUGGCUGGGAACUCUCAAUGAAAUGCAGGCAUCCGACGAACUGACCGAGGCACAAGUGCGGCAGUUCCUCUUUGAUCUGGAAUCAGCCUAUGCCGAUUUCAACAAGCUUCUCCAUAGCCAGUAAUUGUUAUUAAUUUUUAAUCGUAUAAAUUAGUCUGUAUAUGUCUCAAUAAAAAACAAAACCAGAA